AUGGCCAUUCCCGUUCCCACGACGACGGCAAAGCCUGAAGCAGAGGACUUCCCGCCCGAUGUCCCGGUAGCCCAUCUUCACACUAUCGACCUCGGUAAGCUCCAAGCCGGCGACGCAGCGGAGGCGCAACAGCUCUUCGAGGCGAGUCGAACGACGGGCGCAUUCUACCUCGAUCUGCGCUCGGAAGAGUCAGAUAUUCUUCCGGUCCUGGAGGACAUUGGCUUGGUGUCGAAGGAGCUUUUCGGGCUCCCGCUUGAGGAGAAAUGCGCAUACGACGUGGAUAAGCUGACGAGUCGGAAGUGUAACGGAUACAAGCCUGUAGGGCGGAACUAUGGUGGACUCGCGGGGCAACGCGAUGGAUUUGAGACCUAUGUGAUCCCUAAAAAUGGCAUCCUGGGUCUAAACAACCAAGCCGAUUUUCCCCGUCCCCCAGUAAUCACUGCAGCGCUCCCAACCCUACACGCCCUCACGACCGCCAUCAAUAGCGCAGCGCAGACCAUAACUCACCAUCUCUCGCAAACCCUCGCCCUGCCCCCAGCCCACAACCUCAAGUACAAGCACCAGAUAACCACCCCCUCCCAGGAUAUCAUCCGGCUGCUAAAAUACCAGCCGCAGCCAGCGUCAAAGCAAAUCCUCAUUCCGCACGCAGCGCACACUGACAUGGGGUCACUGACGUUUCUCUUCACGUGCCAACCCGGGCUACAGAUCCAAUGUCCCGGGGAAGGUGAAGAGAAAGGGGACUGGGAAUGGGUGCGACCGCCACGCGAGGGCCACGCCAUUGUCAACCUGGGCGAUAGUCUCUCACUGCUGACGAACGGGGUGCUACGGUCUUGCGUGCACCGUGUCGGGCAGUUACCGAACCGGGCCAUGCCGACGCGGUAUUCCUUUGCGUACAUGGUGCGGCCGGCGGAUCAUAUAGUCAUGGUUGCACCACGAACGGAGCGGAUUCCGGCGACAGAGCCAGGGGUGCCAGUACUAACAUGCGAGGAGUGGAUUGAGCGGAAGUAUUCGGUUCUGAGGUUGAAGGAGAGGCCGCUGGGGUUGGAGUGGAUGAUGACUGGGCAGCAGCAGUGCGGGGCCCAGAAUGUGUAA